AUGUCGUACAUCGCCCAGAUUUUCGAUCCACUUGGUUUGGUUGGACCGAUUAUAACCGUCGCCAAACUGUUCAUGCAGCGUUUGUGGGGACUUCGAACAGAGAACGGAGAAUCUUUCGAGUGGGAUCGCCCACUACCAGCGUCGUACCAGGCCGAUUGGAAGGAGUUCCAUAGCACGCUGGAUACCAUCGCCACGAUCCAAGUUCCUCGAUACGUGUCUUCCGCCAAUGCCACAUCCUUUCAGUUGCAUUUCUUUUCGGACGCGUCGGAGAAGGCCUACGGCAGCUGCUGCUACAUUCGGUCGGAAUGUGAUGGAGUCGUCCGUGUCGUAUUGCUGACAUCGAAGUCGAAGGUCGCCCCGCUGAAGAGCCACCAUAGCAUUGCCCGUUUGGAACUUUGUGGAGCCGUUCUGUCUGUCAGCCUAUCGGAGAAGGUUAACCGUGCUCUCAAGUUGCCUGCCGAAAUGUUCUUCUGGACUGAUUCCUCGACGGUUCUUCAGUGGCUACAAUCACCGCCCAAUCGCUGGAAGACAUUUGUGGCCAACCGAGUGUCUAAGAUCCAGAAUUCGACCGAUGUAGAUUUGUGGAUGCAUGUUCGCGGAGAAUCGAAUCCAGCCGAUGUUCUGUCCCGUGGAAUAAGUCCGCCUGAGCUCGUCAAUCAUCCGCUUUGGUGGACUGGUUCUCCAUGGCUCCAGUUACCGCCUUCGCAGUGGCCACGAACCGAGUUGUCAGCCUGCCAAACCAGUUCGACGAGUGAGAUGAGAGUUCCAGUUGCUGCGCUUCCAGCUGUCGUGAAGGAUGACGAGUUUGCAGAUCGUAUCUUUGGAAUGUACUCCAGUUACCAAAAACUUAGGCGCUCCAUCGCUCACUGCAUGCGAUACUUCCGCUUGUUGAAAGCUGCUGCACGGAAGACGAAAAUGGACCCAUUCCAAGCGCUUACCACCGCCGAUCUGCAUGAAGCAGAUUUGACACUUUGUCGUCUUGCCCAGAAACAGAGUUUUCCUGAGGAGUUAGCCACCCUAGCAUCGACCGGCCGCCUUCCAUCUUCAUCGCAGUUGAAGUACAUUCGCACAAAACUGGAUUCGGAUGGAGUCAUUCGGAUUAGAGGAGUUCUGGCCAAUGCAAUCGUUCCAGAAGCUACGAAGCAUCAAAUUGUUCUGCUCGCGAAACACCCACUUUCAAAACUGUUGGCGAAGUAUUAUCAUGGGAAUUUACUUCACGCCGGCCCACAACUAAUGCUCGCCACGAUCCGUCAAAAGUACUGGAUCAUUGGUGGACGCAAUCUAGUGCGCCGCACAUUCCAUGAGUGCCACAAAUGUUUCCGAUGCAGACCAAAGAUGAUCCAGCAAAGUAUCGCAGAUUUGCCUACGUCCCGUGUUGCGCCCCGAAGACCGUUUGCCGUUUCUGGUGUGGACUAUUGCGGACCAGUUUACAUCAAGUCUCUCGUCCGUAACCGAGGCCCAACGAAGGCAUACGUUUGCAUCUUCGUUUGCUUUACCACACGUGCCGUUCACAUCGAGUUGGUGUCUGAUCUCUCCACGCCGGCCUUCAUCGCUGCUCUUCGCCGAUUUUCUGCCCGCCGAAACUUUCCCCACGAGAUCCACAGCGACAAUGGCACUGCGUUCCGAGGUGCAAACAACGAGUUGCACAGAAUUUACCAGAUGCUGAAAACCGAACACGGAGGACGCAAGAACAUCCUGGAUUGGUGUGCAGAAUCUGGAGUUGCGUGGCAUUUCAUACCACCUCGAUCGCCCCAUUUCGGAGGUCUAUGGGAAGCAGCAGUGAAAUCAGCGAAGCACCAUCUAUUGAGAGAAAUAGGCCACUCCAACAUUUCCUACGAAGACAUGACGACGUUACUAGCCGAGGUGGAGAUGUGUCUGAACUCCAGACCCUUGAUUCCGAUGCCAACCGAAUCCGACGAGUUAGAAGCCCUGACACCUGGACAUUUCCUUGUCGGUGAAAGCCUGCGAUCUCCACCCGAAGAAGACGUCGCAACUGUUCCGGACAAUCAACUGUCGCAUUGGAAGCUCACGCAGAAACGGUUCCAACGAAUCUGGCGUAGAUGGUACCCAGAAUAUCUGCAGCAGCUUCAAGCCCGAGCCACCAAGCACCGUAGACCAUCAACUGUAAUCCAGCCCAACCAAAUGGUGAUCAUCCAAGACGAUCUGCUUCCGCCAGCCCAAUGGCCACUAGGGAUCAUCACAGCCGUUCAUCCUGGGAAAGACGGCGUCGUACGAGUGGUCACCUUACGCACUGCGAAGCGAGAUGUCGUUUCCAGGUGUGUCAACAAACUUGCUCUGUUACCCGUACCAGAACAACCCGAACCCAAUCCAGCUGAUGAGCAGCCCGUUGGAGAACCGGUCACCGCAGUUCCUGAAAACAACCAAUGA